ACUGUGAAAGAUCUGACGAUAAAAUUGCAUUAUCCUUUUCUAUGUAAAACCCUCAGCUCUACUCGGAGACGAGGCCGUCCAUCUUCAUCCGCGAUUGUCUUCGUCAUUCCUCCGUUGCUGUUUCCUCGUCAAGAAGACAUUCAACAGAUUUGGACCAAGGUGUCUCAAUAUGAUUUUAAAUGGACACUCUACAUGUGGGGGACAGUGGGUGAAUUACAAGACCUGUAAGACCAAGCCAUUGAAGGCAAUGUCUGAUUGUGUUCUUCAUCCACAAACACUCUCUAUUUCGAGGGUUAGUAGUUCUUUGAAAUCUCAACAGGAGCUGAGAUCUUUCUCUCCCCAAGCAGGAGCUCCAGUUGCUCAUCUUUCUGCUGCAUCAUCUCCAUUAUGUGGGCAUCUAGGUCUUUUCACACACAAAAUAUCACCCAACUUAUCCCGAAAACGUCACUCUACUGUUUCUCCAAGAGCAUCAAAGGAUGCUAAUUCUCUAUUCAAUUUCAAGUUCCCCCCGAUGGAUAAAAAGCCAAGAUGGUGGUGGAGGACUUUGGCAGCUUUGCCAUACCUAAUGCCACUCCAUGAAACAUGGAUGUAUGCAGAAACCGCAUUUCACCUCCACCCUUUCCUGGAAGAUUUUGAGGAGUUGACUUACCCUUUUUUGAGUGCUCUUGGGGGACUUCCGAGCUGGUUCUUGAUUGCGUAUUUCAUAGUUGCAUAUCUUGCAGUCGUUAGGAGAAAAGAGUGGCCCCACUUUUUUAGAUUUCAUGUGGUGACGGGAAUGCUGCUGGAAAUUACGCUGCAGGUGACAGGAACCGUGUGGCGAUGGCUGCCUAGUGCCUGGUACUGGGGUAAGGUCGGGAUGCAUUUUUGGACUGCGUUUGCGUUUGCGUUUCUUUUUACGGUUCUGGAGUGCAUCCGCUGUUGUCUUGCUGGUGUAUAUGCGGAUGUUCCGUUUGUUUCGGAAGCGGCUUAUAUCCAAAUCCCUUAUGAAUAAGGUGCAUGUAAUAACUUGAACUGAAUCUUGUUCUUAGUACUUAAUUCUCAACAUUUUGGUCUUUUUAGAACACUAAGUUCCUCAUCAUUUAUGUAAGCGAUGGUUUCUGAGUUCUAUUUAUACAUUUAAACUA